AUGAUCAAGAAGCAUGGCGUCGAAGGAAGCACCCCAAGCUGCACUGAAGGCAUGGGUGAAAAACAGGGCUCCAAUACUCCUGCCCUCAUGGCGAGUUCCAGCCUGCAAGACCCACCUGCUGCUCCACUGCUGGCCAGGACAGCACAGCCUGCUAAUGAUACCCCUAGGUUGGGCACGCUGAUGGGGGAGCUGAGAAGUCAAAGUGGAGAGAGCCCUUAUGAAUGUGAGGAAUGUGGGAAAGCUUUUAAGCAAUUUACACAACUCACUGAACAUAUAAGAAUUCACAGUGGAGAAAAGCCUUAUGAAUGUAAGGAGUGUGGGAAAGCCUUCAGUCGGUCCUCCCGCCUCACUUCUCAUAUAAAGACACACAUUGAAGAGAGGCCUUAUGAAUGUAAUGAAUGUGGGAAAGGCUUUAAGCGGUUUUCGGAACUCACUAGACAUGUCAGAUUUCACAGUGGAGAGAGGCCUUAUGAAUGUAAGGAAUGUGGGAAAGCUUUUAAGCAAUUUACACAACUCACUGAACAUGUAAGAAUUCACAGUGGAGAGAAGCCUUAUGAAUGUAUGGAGUGUGGGAAAGCCUUUAGUCAGUAUUCACAACUUUCUAUACAUGUAAAAGGUCACAGUGGAGAGAAGCCUUAUGAAUGUCAAGAGUGUGGGAAAGCCUUCAGUCGGUCCUCACACCUCACUACCCAUAUAACAACGCACAGUGAAGAGAGACCUUAUGAAUGUAAGGAAUGUGGGAAAGGCUUUAAGCAGUUUUCACAACUCACUACACAUGUAAGAGUUCACAGUGGAGAGAAACCUUAUGAAUGUAAGGAAUGUGGGAAAGCCUUUUGUCAGUAUUCACAACUGGCUAUGCAUGUAAGAAUUCACAGUGGCGAGAAACCUUAUGAAUGUAAUGAAUGUGGGAAAACGCACAGUGAUGAGAGGCCUUAUGAAUGUAAAGAAUGUGGGAAAGCCUUUAAGCUAUUUUCAAAACUCACUAGACAUAUAAAAGUUCACAGUGGAGAGAAACCUUGUGUAUGUAAAGAAUGUGGGAAAACCUUUAAGCAGUUUUCACAACUCACUAGACAUAUCAGACUUCACAGUGGAGAGAAGCCUUAUGAAUGUAAGGAAUGUGGAAAAGCCUUUUUCCAGUAUUCACAACUCACUAUACAUGUAAGAGUUCACAGUGGAGAGAAACCUUAUGAAUGUAAGGAAUGUGGAAAAGCCUUUAGUCGUUCUUCCCACCUCACUGCCCAUAUAAAGACACACAGUGAUGAGAGGCCUUAUGAAUGUAAAGAAUGUGGGAAAACCUUUAAGAUAUUUUCAGAACUCACUAGACAUGGAAAAGUUCACAAUGGAGAGAAACCUUAUGAAUGUAAAGAAUGUGGGAAAGCCUUUAAGCAGUUUUCACAACUCACUAGACAUGUCAAACUUCACAGUGGAGAGAAGCCUUAUGAAUGUAAGGAAUGUGGAAAAGCCUUUAGUCGUUCCUCCCACCUCACUCUCACUAGACAUGUAAGAGUUCACAGUGGAGAGAAACCUUAUGAAUGUAAGGAAUGUGGGAAAGCCUUUAGUUGUUUUUCAUCUUUCCAUAAACAUGCUAGAAAAUUCCAUUUCAUGCAGAAUCUCAUUGUGGAGUGA